GAUUUCACAAUGGGCUCCAUAAGUGCAGCAAAUGCAGAAUUUUGCUUUGAUAUGUUCAAAGAGCUGAGAGUCCACCACACCAAUGAGAACAUCAUCUAUUCCCCGCUGAGCAUCCUUUCAGUCCUGUCCAUGGUCUAUCUGGGAGCAAAAGGUAACACUGAAUCUCAGAUGGAGAAGGUUCUUCACUUUGAUAACAUUACAGGAGUUGGAGGCACUACUGAGUCCCAGUGUGGAACUUCAGAAUAUAUCCACAACUCAUUUAAGGAUCUUCUCUCUGAAAUCACUAUGCCAAAUGCUAGUUAUUCACUCAAGACUGCUGACAGAAUCUAUGUUGAAAAGACAUAUCCAAUUUUUCCGGAAUACUUGAAGUGUGCAAAGAAAUUCUAUAAAGCUGAACUGGUAGAAGCUGACUUCAAAAAAGCUACAGAAGAAGCAAGACAGCUCAUUAAUUCCUGGGUGGAGAAAGAGACAAGUGGACAGAUCCAAGACUUCCUUGAACCAGGCUCUGUUGACCUCAAUACUGCACUGCUUCUUAUAAACGCCAUCUACUUCAAAGGGAUGUGGAAGAAAGCGUUCAGGGAAGAAGACACUCAGGAGGUGCUCUUCAGCAUGACGAAGCAAGAAAGCAAGCCUGUGCAAAUGAUGUGUCAGAAUGGUACGUUCAAAAUAGCCGUGGUGGCUGAUGAGAAAAUAAAAGUUCUGGAGCUUCCUUACGCUGGCAGAGAGCUGAGCAUGUUGGUGCUGCUGCCUGAGGACGCCUCCAGCCUGGAGCAGCUGGAGAGCACGAUCAGCUUUGAAAAACUAACUGAGUGGACCAGUCCCAAUAUGAUGGAAAAGAAGACAGUGAAAGUGUACCUCCCCCGCAUGAAGAUUGAGGAAAAAUAUAAUCUCACGUCUGUCUUAACAGCUUUGGGCAUGACCGACCUGUUCAGCCCUUUGGCCAACCUGUCCGGCAUCUCUGCAGCAGAGACUCUGAAGAUGUCUGAGGCUCUCCACGAGGCAUCCAUGGAAGUCAGUGAAGCAGGCACUGAGGUGGCAGGCUCAACCGGGGCUAUGGGAGAGAUCAAACACUCCCCUGUGUCUGAGGAGUUUAGGGCUGACCACCCGUUCCUCUUCUUGAUCAAACACAACCCAACCAACAUCAUCAUCUUCUUCGGCAGAUGUUUUUACCCUUAAAAAGAGAGACAGCUGGAAAUAAUGCUUUCCUUCCCUCCAGAAACAGACCCUCAUUACUGUAGUAUGGUAGCAUAACCUCAUCUCCUCCAUGUGUUCUCCAUGUGGAAAGCCUGAUCUAAAAAAUGCCCAUUUGGGAAGCCUCCAUAGCAAAGCCACAUCCAAAGAUGAGGAGACAGCACCAAGUAUGUCCGCUCCUUCUUUUCUCAAACUGCUUUCAGGAUGGUUUGAGGUGAGCAAAGGCUGAGCGAACAAGAAGGUGAGAAUGGUGGCACCCACUAGCCAGGAAGGGGCCAAGUGAUUUUCACUCAAGGAACAAGUUACAGCAGGACCCCAAGUCCUUGCGAGUCCCUCACAUAGAAAGCCAUGGUCUGUGCUUGUCCCAUCCCCUGGUGGGCUCUUGCUGACUAAUGCAUGUUGCUAGUGCCUUAACCAAGGGCUUGGAGACCUCCAGUCUGGAGGGGAUGCUUGUGGGUAAGAUUCUGCUGUGCAGGUUAUUAACUGGCUCCUAUCUCAAUGUUUUCUGCUUACCUUCUUGCUAGCUGCUGGGGAGUGGCUUCUGGGUCAUCUGUCAUUAUAAUGUCACUCUGAGCCCUUGACUCAUCUACUAUGGCAGCCCACAUGUUUAAGUUGUCUUCGAAUGUAAUAGACUCAUUUAAGACCUGAAGUGGAGAGAGACUCUUGAAGAAGCAUAUGAUUUUCAUAUCUUUAGGUAGAGGUAUAUAUAUGCUCACACAACAUGGAUUUAGUACUUAUAUUUAAGAUUGAAUGAGGAUUUCAGGAGGUAGCUUAGCAAGAUUUCCCAUUGUUACUUAAAACCUCAGGAGACAGAGACUGUGUUUUGAUUUUUGUGAGAAAUUCCACCACUGCUAUUGAGAAACCUGAUACUGAGAAAUCUCAUUUCUCCAAGUGAGUUCUGUGAAACAAAACCGGCUUUCAGAAUAAUUCUGGUCUCUUUCUGUUGAAUUCAUUGAACAACCAUCAUUUAAUUGAUUCCUGGACAACUUUCAGAUUACAUUCUAAACUGAAGCACACCAUUCUUCUGGAAGGAAUGCAGUUGGUCUUCUUUGUGCUAAGGCUGUGUCUCUUUUUCUAAGGGUGCAUACAGAAAGUCUAGUCUUUAUAAAUCAUCAUUUUAAAAUACAAUGUCUUCCUAACUGAUAUUAUUCCUGCCUUCAUUCUAGUGACAUAUCAUUGAUUUCAGGAAUGUUAAUUGGUACUCCUUGUAUUUAUCUAAUAAAAGCUUUGAAAACUAAA